UGCUUUACAUGUGUCAAGCAUGAACCUAUCCUGAUACUUGAAAAGAGAAAAAAAAAACAAAUUAUCAUGGCAAUUGGCAACUGCCCUUGCCUGAAUGUCAUAGAUAUAGAUGCUCUUAAAUUCCAGAAUUUUCCAUAAUUAUAAAGCAUGAACCAACCCAUUUCAUACUCAACUAUCUAUAUUUGAACUUACAGAAUGGGAGAAAUUGAUCCUGCAUUCAUUCAACCCAUUGAGCAUAGGCCUAAACCCAUUAUAACAGAAGCUGAAGGAAUUCCAAUCAUCGAUCUUUCUUCUAUUACCUCAAAUGAUCAUUUCUGUAACAAAACUGAUCAUGGCAACAUUAACGACACUGCUAAUCUUGUAGCUCAGAUAGGCAAUGCUUGUGAAAAAUGGGGAUUCUUUCAAGUGAUCAACCAUGGUGUACCACUAGAAAAGCUCGAGAAAAUCGAGCUUACAGCUAGGAAGUUCUUCGCACUACCUCAAGAAGAGAAGCGGAAGGUGGGUCGAGAUGAAGCAAAUCCAAUGGGGUAUAAUGACUCUGAGCAUACAAGGAAUGUUAAAGAUUGGAAACAAGUUUUUGAUUUUACUGCAAAAGAUCCCUCUUUUAUUCCUGUUGAUCCUGAUGAUCUUCAACCCAAGGAGCUGAUUAACUGCUGGCCACAGUCUCUUCCUGAGUUCAGGGAGGAAGGCCAAGAAUAUGCAAGGGAAGUGGAAAAACUCGCGUUUAAGCUGCUGAAGCUAAUAGCCUUGAGCUUAGGACUGACAGCAGAUAGGCUGAACUGCUAUUUCAAGGAACAUGCGAGUUUUGUGAGGCUUAAUUACUACCCGUCCUGCCCUUCUCCUCAACUUGUUCUAGGUGUUACUCGACAUAAGGAUGCAGGUGCCUUGACAAUUCUGGCACAGGAUGAUGUUGGUGGUUUACAAGUCCGGCGAAAGUCAGAUGGUGAAUGGGUCAGUGUCACACCCAACCCUGGUGCUUUUACCGUGAACGUGGGUGAUAUCAUUCAGGUUUGGAGCAAUGAAAAAUAUGAGAGUGUGGAGCACAGGGUAAUGGUAAACUCAGACAAGGAACGGCUAUCUAUUCCAUUCUUCUUCUACCCAGCACACUACGUCAUGGUCAAGCCCUUAGAAGAGAUGAUUGAUGACCAAAAUCCCCCCAAAUACACAGAAUAUAAUUGGGGACUUUAUUUCGCCACCAAGAGGAAAAGUAAUUUUAAGAAGCUCCAUGUUGAGAACCUCCAGAUAUCUCACUUCAAAAUAGUUUGACUUAUACACUAUUACGACAAUUAUAUCUGGGCGGAAAGGCCAGAGUAUUGAAGUAAUUUAUACUCCGUAUAUCCUAUAUAUAGAAUAAAAAGUCUUGUGAGUCUGUGACCCUUUGUUGAUUCAUUUCAUUUGUUCGCUCUUUUGGUUUUGAGCCAAGUACCUAUAACAUCAAAGGCAAAGUCUUAUGUAAUGCGAUCUUACAAGAACUUUGCAAGAUGAAGUGGUUCUUCUUAGGGAUGGCUCCUAAGUCCUUAACAUUUCUGGGGGAUGAUAUUAAAAGUCUCCCUAUAAGUCUAUAACUAAAGUCCUCUACUUUUAAUAGAACUUUUUUAAUAGAACUUAGUACUACCUCCAUCCAAAUUUUGUUGACAUGAUUAAUGAGGUUUGUCAAUUCUACU